AUGUCUGCACGGGGAAGAGGACGCAAGGGAGGUGGUGGUUACGGUCGUGACCAGCAGCCGACGCCAUCAUUCGGACGUGGUGUGGGCGUUUCGGAGUUUACAACGCUUCGCAUCGAGCGUUGUACUCCUCCGUCAAUCCAGCACAAUCCCGCUCUUUCUGUCUUGGCGUUGAGUGAUGAGACAGAGCAACAGCAGCCACCACCGGUUUCUUCGAAGGGCACGAGGUCUCCGGAGAGACUUGGUUUCCGCACAGUUGGACGGAAGGUGAUCGUGAAAGAGAAUCACUUUCUAGUUCAAGUGGCUGACAGAGAUCUGGCACAUUACGAUGCGAGGAUAUGUCUUUCGCUCUGA